UUUUUUUCCACUUAUUCUUGCCAAGUCGAAUCAGGGAUGGAUUUGGAGACAGCAAUCAAUUUGGCAAUGGAAUUGAAGAUGGGCCGCAACUAUAUUCUUGUCCAGAAAGGAUUUCAGAGCCUGCAAUUGAGAUUUCUGCACACAAAAUGGGUGAGGAUUUCGUCCUUUAUUUUACUCCUUGGUUUGAUCCGUGUACAACAAAACUGAAAUUUUCUUCUUGAUUCUCUUCAUCGAUGACUCUGGGCUUUGAAUGUUGUUUUCUGGUGUUGAAAUUUUAUCGCGGUGAGUUCGAACAAGGCAAAAGUGUGUUGUUUACUUUGAGUUGCAGGCGCAUCGAAAGCAAGGCUCCUGUCUUUGACUCCAGGUGCUAUAAGGAAGACACGCAUAGACUAUUGCUGACAUCGAGAGUACAGAACAACGACAACAGCUGCAGUGUCAUAAAUUGUCGAAAGUUCCAGAGCCUUGAUUCCGAAGGUCUGGAUGGUGAUCCACAAAGGGCCCUCUGUCAGUUCCGGUUUAUUAAACUGCUGAAACUUGAGGAUGAUAUCGGCACCCUAAGGCUCGCCGUUUCAAAGUUCUGAAAACAGUAUUGGCACCGUAAGGCACCGCCACCGGAGCUUUGAAAGUUGUUUCGCCGUGCUGGAGCUCGACGACAAUAUCGGCACCCUAAGGCACGCCGUGUCGGAGCUUGAAGAUGAUACGGUACCCUAAGGCACGCCGUGCAGGAGCUCGACGACAAUAUCGGCACCCUAAGGCACGCCGUGUCGGAGCAUAUAUGAUAUACCGUAGGGUAUCUGUCGCUGGAGGCCUGCAUCAAUUGAGGACAGCAAAGGAAAGGUGCAGAUCGGUGAAAGGCUCACCUCCUCUUUCUUGCUUUCUUCCUCUCCUUGGCUGCUAUCCUCUUCACGUCCCUCUGGUCCUCCUUUUUUUUCUUUUCAUGUAGUGCUUUUAUAUUGCACCGAUCUUGAGUUUGGUUUGUAUAAAGAGUUCAACUUGGAGUGAACUACUUGGGGAACUUGUAUUCCGUGAAGACUACAACUCUUGUAUUUUUGUAAUUGCUUUGUAAUCUAGAUUUUGACAAAACAAGAAGUCUGACGUCUUGUAAAAAUCCAAUAGACCAGCUUAAUGACUCUUGUGCCUUUUCCUUUUGCUUAGAGUUUUAAAAGCUAUCAACUUUGUCCAUCCUUUUUUCCA